ACGAAAACAUGUUGACCAACAACGAGCUAAUGGAGCAGUUCUACUUCCCCGACGAAUCCCCAGCGAUUCCCGAGUUCCUGGGCAACGAUGCCUUCCAGCAGUUGGAGCAGCUGAUGUACCAGCAGGAGUUUAGCAACAGCGACAGUCAGUCCGAGGGAACCAACAGUUGUUCCCUGGAGAUGUACUACGAUACCCCGGCUGUCCUGGAAUUGGAGCACAUGCUAAGUGCCCAGGAGCAGCAGCACCAGCAACAUCAGUCGCACCCGCUGGGAAAAAUUCAAGGCAGGAGUUCAAAGUACUGGAACAAGCAGCAGAGGAGCAAACCCUACGACAAGCUGUCCACUUCCAUGUCGUCGUCCACAUCCUCCGCCUCAUCCAGCAGUUCAUCAUCUGCGAGUUUUGGCGGUGAAGUCCUGAAAAAGCGGCGACUGGCGGCCAAUGCCCGCGAAAGGAGGCGAAUGAACAGCCUGAACGAUGCCUUCGACAAGUUGAGGGAUGUGGUUCCUUCUCUGGGCCACGACCGACGGCUCUCCAAAUACGAAACUCUACAAAUGGCCCAGGCCUACAUCGGAGAUCUGGUCACGUUGCUGUCCAGAGAUUACUAGACAUCCAUUCAUUCUUCUUUGGAGUGGAGAAACCCUUGCGGGCUGUGUUGCAGCAACACUUUCGACCUAGUGGAAAACUUUUAAAGGCUGUUAGUUUUUAGUUUAUUAUCAUAGUUGUAAAUAAUUAUAAGUAAAAAUUGUCUAAUAAAAGCACAGAAUUUUAAACGAAC